CUUUAUAGAAGUUGUCAUAAUAUAAAUAAAUAAAACACAUUGUAUAAAGAAAUGCUCUAUUUACGCCACACUUAAGACAAUUAUACGUACCUAAGUUUAAUGAAAGCAAUAAACGUGAAAUUAUCAAAAUGUUAAAAAGGCUAAACAAUUUGUUACAAAUUUCUGUUUCUGGUCAAAAGAUCUGCAACCGAUAUCUAAAUUUUGUACCUAUUGUUGUAGAACAAAGUGGAAGAGGUGAACGAGCAUAUGACAUUUAUUCACGUCUCUUGAAAGAAAGGAUCAUUUGUCUAAUGGGCCCGAUCACAGAUAAUGUGUCUUCAGUAGUGAUUGCUCAGUUACUAUUUCUGCAAUCAGAAAGUAGUAAAAACCCCAUUCAUAUGUAUAUUAAUUCACCUGGUGGAAGUGUAACAGCAGGACUUGGUAUAUAUGAUACAAUGCAAUAUGUUCUUCCUCCUGUUGCAACAUGGUGUGUAGGACAAGCAUGUUCAAUGGCUAGUUUAUUAUUAGCUGCAGGAACAAAGGGUAUGCGUCAUUCAUUGCCUAAUGCAAGAAUUAUGACACAUCAGCCAUCAGGAGGGGUAUCUGGUCAAGCUACAGAUAUACAGAUACAAGCCCUAGAAAUAUUAAAACUUAAAAAACAAAUUAAUGAUUUGUAUGUAAAACAUACAGGCGCGGAUUUAAAAAAAAUAGAACAUUGUAUGGAAAGAGACAAUUUUAUGAGUGCUACUGAAGCAAAGGAAUUUGGAAUUAUAGACAAGGUACUAACACAUCCAAUGCAAGAGGAAGAAACAGAAAGCACAAAGUUGCCUGAAACUAACCUUGAAUUUACCCAAACUACCCAAGUUUAA